AUGGUUGGAUCACCAACCGGCUUCAUCAGUUGUAUUCCUUUGCUUCGGAAGCGGUGGCGCUUUUCCCGAGGCUCAAGUGAGGAGAUAGCCUACGCACUUGAACGUAGCGGCCAAAGGUUCUUAUGGGCCUUGAGGAAGCCACCCUCUCCAGGUUCAGUAGUCCUCACCGAGUAUACCAAUCUGGAAGAGGUCCUGCCGGAAGGAUUCUUGGAAAGAACUAAAAGCAUCGGAAAAGUUAUAGGAUGGGCACCACAAACUGCAGUUCUAGCUCACCCUGCUGUAUGGGGUUUCAUGUCUCAUUGCGGAUGGAAUUCGAUUUUGGAGAGUAUUUGGUUUGGAAUUCUGAUUGCAACUUGGCCAAUGUGUACAGAUCAACAAGCAAAUGCGUUCCAAUUGGUGAGAGAUAUAGGAGUAGCUGUUGAAAUUAAGAUGGAUUAUAGAACAUAUUCAAGUGAUUCGAAGAAUAAUAUUCAAAUAAUCCUGAAACGUAGUUAG